UUUGUAGGGUAAAGUAAGACGUGAGAAGUGUUCGGAAGUCUUAGGUUUACAUAAAUGGGAAAAUUAUUCAAAUAACGAGGCUCAUCUAAUGCUAUUGGUUUUUAGCAACUUUAACAAACGACUCGCACUAGGCCUUCUAUAGCAACUACAGGAAGCCCGUGUCACACUAGAAUGAUAAAAACAUGGCAGAGAGUAUCGCAACUCGACAUGAGAACUGGGAGAGAGUGGUGUGGGGUCUCCUAUACGUGAAAGAAGGACUUCAGGGAUUCGUAGAUGUACAUUGCAAACAACAGUACCAAACGUUCAUGAACAAAGCCAAUGCGACGUGUCAAAACCAAACAUGUGACCAAUGCCAGGUCAACAGUAAAUGCCCAAAUGGCAGGCAUAAAGUGCUAGAAAAAACAGUGUUGUGGCCAAAUCAUUUUUGUGAUGCAAUGAACAAAGAUAUACGAAUCAAUCAUAUCAAAAACAAGCCAUUCUGGAUGAAUACAGACUCUACGAAAUGGCAUGACCCACACGUCGGUUACUGGGAAGUGGCAAAGUGUUAUCUCAGUACAUCCGGAUACUUCGACAAAACGGGACCAAAUCAGGUGGACGCAUCGGGACUGAUAAGCAUCAGUUUAAAUAGUUGGUUCAUGAGACAGCACAUAAGAAACAUUAAGGAGUUUGAAGAAGUCCGAGACAUACGGAACAAGACCCUACACGAUGCACACUAUGAGCUGGAUGGACAGACAGCAGACGACUGCCUGGACAAGAUGAUUACAGUACUGGAGGAUCCAAAUGAGCUCAUACAUGAUACCUUUGCUAAGCAAGCCGCAAAUCACAUAAGAAAGAUCAAAGCAAAGACAGAAACAACACCGGCCGUUAUGACCAAUAUCGACGGUGACAAAUCUCUAAAAGUGAUUGAGGGUCUGAUGUAUGACAUGAUACUAGAAAGAUCUAAUGUUGACGAUCUUCGACAACGACUUGCCAAGUACUACCAAAAACACCUCAACAGCGCGCCUAUAUCUCCCUUCCUGUCGGACAAGGACGAAAGAUUGGAAAAGUUUUACGUCCCUCCGAAGAUCGUCCAAAAGGAUCACAGAAAGUUUGAGAAAGACGAGGGAACACCUAUGACAACUUAUAGACAUUUGUUCUGUAAAAUGGGUGAAUUUAGGAAAAACGUGUUUAUGGUCGGCGAGGCCGGGAUGGGCAAAUCAUCUUGCGCCGCUAUGUGUGCAAUUAAAUGGGCCAAUCAGUUCUCAUCAACGAAAUCGAUUAUAGAACCUUACAAAAAUGCUUCAGAACAAACGUCUUUUGAGGCUUGGGAGUUAUGUCUAUUUAACAGCGAUCUAAAGGAUAUUUUCCUUUCUGAAACAAAGCAUGAAGACCAAUUUCAAGAUGAAAGUUUCUUUAAAGAAAUUGAGUUUUUAUUUCACCUUGCUCUGAGAGAUAACUGCGACAAUUGCGACCUAACAGACAUGGUUCGAGAUCAGCUAAUUAGCAGAAUUUACCAAAAAGAUGAGAGGGUCGCUGCAUACUCCACUUUAAACAGUGUUCUGUUUAAUAAAAAUUGCGUUAUAAUAGCAGACGGCCUUGAUGAAUGGACUCAUCCCAAUGUAACAAAUUGUAGCUGCUCAGACGAACACAAAGUAAUCCCUUAUUUACCGCCAACCAUUGAUGCAACUGUGUUGAUUACAUCACGACCCUGGAGAAUGUCUCAACAACGCGUUAAAGACACGAAAAUUGACUCGUUUCUGGAGAUAGAGGGAACUGCAGAUAUAAGGUUACUUAUUCAAAAAGUAUUGGACUGUCUUAAUGAAACAGUUACAGAAAAUAAAUCAUUGCUAGAUUUCGUCAAAUUUGUUGAUCGAAUGGAACUUACGCGACUUUUGUCUGUACCUAUCAUAUCAAUGUUGCUGGUUUGCUUGUGGUUUGAGGGAAUGCAUGACUCCUUUUCUCUGUGCGACAUAUACGCAUAUACUAUUGAAAUGAUGUUUGGGCGAAAGGAUCUUCCUAAGAUUAUUCCGCAGUACUCAAGUAUUCAUUUCCCACGAUGUUUCCAGCGAACCGAAUAUAUACAAAAGUACUACAACAUUUUAAUGGAGAUGGCACAGCUUGCUUUUACGACGUUAUUUUCGAACGACAAAACAUCGUCCUUGGUGUUUAAGAAAGUAAACUGCUUGGUCGGCGAUCAUCUUCUGUUUGUUCUGAAAACCGGAAUCUUGCAAGAAACAAAAUCAGCGUCUUUGAUUAGAAAGUCGUCGAGUUAUUCUUUCAUCCACAAAACUGUUCAGGAAUUCCUUGCUGCAAUAUACAUGUCCUACCAUCCCAAAGAAUUUCACAGGGUAGUUCUACCGUUUUAUGAGAAGAACGGUAAUUUGUCGGAUGUUUCACAAGUUUUGAUUUUUAUUUCCGGUCUAAACAUUACGUUAGCAAAUGAGAUGUCUGCCAUGAUAUCGAAUGGUUUAUCCCUAGACGAUGUGCAUUUUUGGUUGGAUACUAGGGUGAUUGACAUUCAAUCGACCAUUGUUUCGGGUUAUAAGGAGGCACAAUCCAACCAAAUGUUGGAUAUCCAGCUGUCUCUUUACAGCUUUGCGUUAAAUGCUAGUACCGAUUCUGAAAUAAUAAGCGAUUUGCUAUCGAAAAACAAGUAUAAGGUACGUUAUAUCAAAACGGGUUCCUUUAUUAGCCAGAAGAAACUCCAGGAGGUGUUCAUUAGCUCUUCAAAUACUCUUACCAAUGUUCAGAUACUUGGCAUGGCUGGACAGUUUAACCUUUCCGCGUGCAGCGGUCUACAAUACUUAUCAAUAAAUGAAUCUGAAACAUCGGACAUCGAGGUCAAUAGUAAUACUUUAGUUUCAUUGCAUUUGCAAUGUGUUUCUAAAACUGUUGAAUACAAACUUUUGCAGUCAUUUGAGCAAGGAUUGAAUUGUUUAAAAAGAUUGAAUGUAGCAAGCAUAACAAACAUUAGUUUAUUCUGUCAGACAGUGCCGAAGCUGACUCAUUUAGAACGCUUAUAUAUAUCGAGUAUAGACUUCGGUGAUCACGCCCUGCUUCUACCAGCCUCUGUCAAUUUCGUUUAUCUUCGUGAGGUGGCAAUAACAGCGCGAUCGUUGAGGGGGAUUGUGGUAGAUCAGGAAAGCAACACCUCUUUGAUGAAAUGUAUAUUAUCGAAUUGUACCGUGGAACCAGAAUCAGAAUAUAACGAUAUUAAACCUUAUAUUCAGACGAGAGACGAACUUGUUUCUCCUAUCGCGGACGGUUGAUGUGUCUUUCACAGCCCCUGUUGCUGCUGAAUCGUAGUUAAAUAAGAAUUGAAGUUAAAAGUCGACCGAAAUAAUGAGUUUUGUUUUAGCGCUGUGUAAUAGUAUUUGCCAUUUGUCCGCCUUAAAUAUACGUAUUGGAUUUUUUUUUAUUGUCAAUCAAACACCUUACGCGUUCACAACACGUAUAUAGUAUGUGCGAUGAAAGGUUACCAUUGUUUAUAUAGCAAGCAGAACUUACCACAUUUAAUAUGUAAAAUGUUAUCUUAGACAGAAAAUGCAAAUAACUUAUUAUUUAUAUACUUUCGUGUUAUAGCUAUGGCUUUGUUUGUAUAAAUGAUUUUUAUAUUAAUGAUUAUUACACCUGUUUUAUUGUUUUACUUUGUAGCAAUAAUGAUAACAAAGCAAAAAUGAAGUUGAGUGAUAAAAAUAAUA